CUGGCUGAUAGCAUACUUGCUUCAAAGGAAGAUAUUAAUAGCUGAGCACUUGACGGUUUUCAUUAAGGAUAUCUCUGCAUUUUGCCAAACACACAGAGUCAGCUCAAUGCCAUGUCACCGCUAUGCUUGAGUCUGCUCCAUGCCAUGUCACGCCUCAGCAUGUUCCAAGCCAGGUAACAGCCAGGCCUCAACCUGCUCCAUGCCAUGUCACAGUCACGCCUCAUCCUGCUCCGUGCCAUGUCAGAGUCAAGCCUCAGCCUACUCCAUGCCAUGUCACAGUCAUGCCUCAGCCUGUUCCAUGCCAUGUCACAGCCACUCCUUCGCGUGCUCCAUGUCAUGUCACAGCCACGUCUCAGCCUACUCCAUGCCAUGUCACAGCCACGUCUCAGCCUACUCCAUGCCAUGUCACAGCCACGCCUCAGCCUGUUCCAUGCCAUGUCACAGCCACUCCUUCGCGUGCUCCAUGUCAUGUCACAGCCACGUCUCAGCCUACUCCAUGCCAUGUCACAGCCACGCCUCAGCCUGUUCCAUGCCAUGUCACAGCCACUCCUCCGCGUGCUCCAUGCCAUGUCACAGCCACUCCUCCGCGUGCUCCAUGCCAUGUCACAGCCACUCCUCUGCGUGCUCCAUGCCAUGUCACAGCCAUGCCUCAGCCUGCUCCAUGCCAUGUCACAGCCACACCCCAGAUGUCACAGCCAAGCCCCAGACUGCUCCAUGCCAUGUCAUAAGCCUGCAUCUGCUCCACGGCUCUGCAUGAGACUCUCAUGGCUCCACCCCCCAUGGGCUCCUCCGUGUUCCCAUGCUCCACACCAUGUUUCACCAGGCCACGUCUCACGCCCUGUCUCGCCAGUCCACGCCCCAUGUGCCCUAUUGACUUUGAUAUUUUGUUCUGGAGAAUCUGGA